AUGGCCAAGGGUUCUGCCAACCAGACGAAGAGCGUGCCCAAUAAACACUUGCACGCACGCAUCGCAUACUUGCACCAGGCUGCCACCCAUCUCGCCCUGAAGCAACAAUCUGUAACCAAGACCGACUCAUCCGUCGCCGACUCUCGAUUGCAACAGCACGGUCUGCCUCUUCUGCUCGCCGCCCAACUCCAGGCUGUCUCUCAAAAGGCCCAGAUUCGUCUGUCUCAUGAUAUGAAGCGCUCUAUCUGCAAGGUCUGCAGCACUCCUCUCAUGUCAGAUACGACUUCGAAGACGCGCAUCGAGAACAAGAGCAGAACCGGGGGAAAAUCUUGCGCCGAUGUCCUUGUAAUCCAGUGUCAAAACUGUGGGACUGAAAAGAGGUUUCCCGUUGGUGCCAGCCGUCAAAAGAAAAAAGCAGAACGCAAAGCUGCACUUGCCGAGAGACAGAACAUCGAGGUCGUCGAGAAACAGAACAUCGAGGUCGCCGAGAAACAGAACACCGAGGUCGAAAUAGUCAACGAUUGA